AUGUAUGUUCUCCUCUCCUUCUGCAUCAGCUGAUCUUCUCUCUGUCAGUUUAGUGUGAAUGACACUGGACAUCAGAUGCCAAAGUGUUUUCUCUAAAGGCACAGCAGGAGAGAACAUUUAAGGCAAUAUAGUGUUUUUCUGAGGCUUUUGGCUUGACACCUCUAUAAGUUUCUCUUCGGGACAUUUGGCACAUAUGGGUUUCUGUUGGUGUAGCCGUCAAGCAUGAAGUGGAAUUUGUUUAAGAAGAAGCCUGCAGCCAUGGUGGGCCCCGAGCCCACGGGUGCCAGUGCCCUGACCAUGACCCCUGCUGUUUCCACACCUGCAGACAACUCCACUGAGCACCAGGGCCCAGUCAGCAAGAAUGACGUCUUUGGUGACAUCAAAAACAAGUUCCUCAACGAGAUGGACAAGCUUCCAUUGCCUUCCUGGGCCAUCAUCGCCAUCGCGAUUGUAGCCGUGGUCCUCAUUCUCACGUGCUGCUUCUGCAUUGUUAAAAAGACCUGCCUUAAGAAGAAAAAAGGCAAGAAGGGAAAGAAAGGCAAGGGAGAAAUGGGAAUGAAGAACAUGAAGGGAGGAGAGAAACAGGAAGAGGAUGAUGAUGAAGAAGAUAUAGACACGGGAAUAACUGAAGAGAAAGAGGAGGAACCGAAAGAGAAGGAGAAGCUCGGCAAACUGCAGUUCUCCCUUGACUACGACUUCUCUGACAACAAGCUGACAGUGGGCAUCCUGCAAGCUGCAGAUCUUCUCUCCAUGGACAGUGGCGGCACCUCAGACCCGUAUGUCAAAGUUUUCAUUCUCCCAGACAAGAAGAAGAAGUAUGACACCAAGGUGCACAAGAAAACCCUCAACCCCGUCUUCAACGAGACUUUCCACUUUAAGAUUCCGUUCACUGAAAUGGGAGGAAAGACUCUGGUCAUGUCUGUGUAUGACUUCGACCGUUUCUCGAAGCAUGAUGUGAUCGGUGAGGUGAAGAUACCUAUGAACACCCUGGACCUGGCACAACCUAUCGAGCAAUGGAGAGACCUGGAUAGUGCAGAGAAAGAAGAGCCUGAAAAGCUUGGAGAUAUCUGCAUCUCUCUGCGCUAUGUACCUACAGCUGGAAAACUCACCAUCUGUAUCCUUGAGGCUAAGAACCUGAAAAAGAUGGAUGUUGGAGGACUCUCAGAUCCCUAUGUGAAGAUUCAUCUUCUGCAAAACGGCAAGCGGCUGAAGAAGAAGAAGACGACUGUGAAGAAGAACACACUGAACCCGUACUACAACGAGUCUUUCAGCUUUGAGAUCCCACAGGACCAGAUGCAGAAAAUACAAGCUGUGAUCACGGUGCUCGACUACGAUAAGAUUGGCAAGAAUGACGCCAUCGGGAAGAUCUGGGUGGGCAGCAAAGCGCAGGGCACUGAGCUCCGGCACUGGUCCGACAUGCUGGCGAACCCACGCAGGCCCAUCGCUCAGUGGCAUCCACUCAAACCUGAGGAAGAGGUGGAUGCCACGUUAGCAGCCCUCACUGCCAAGAAGUAAUCCUGUUCUUCUCCCUUCCCUCCCUCUCUCCUUUCCCUACCCUUUUCCUUUCUUUCACUUUUCAACAUGCACAACACGUCAUCUUACCCAAUCAGCACUGAAUUACAGCCAUGGGCCACCAGACUAGAGUUAUUAAAGAAGACCAGCUCAAAUGAGAAAGUGGAUCAGAGUCUAAUGAGAGAGACUCUUUCCACAGAUGUUCCUGAAGACAGGCCGAGCUCAAAGUUGUGUGUGUGUGUAUAUCCUUGAGGUUUAUUCACAGAAGAGAUGUAAGCUCACAUUCACACCCAAAUAUCCAAAAGCAUUCCAAAGUUUUCCAUCGGAGACCAUGGAUAGAAAACACUGCCUAAUUUAACACAUUCCUUCUAGAUUCUCUGGUCAUCUACUGUAGAUGAAAUCAGUUCUGUUACUUUUGUUGAUUCUGAAAGGACAGUGAAGAAUUGUUUAUCAUUGUGAAUAAUAAUAAUAAUAAAAAAAAAUUAAAUGUGGGAACUGGAGAGAUAGUUGGACUAGAUGCUCCUGCCCAGCCAGAAGGAAUCUUUCAGGUGUCGAUUACACUGCCUGCAAAACAACCUCUUCUUCCAUUCUUCAGUUCCAGCUGUCAGCUGGCUUCUUCCACUGCCCAACAUCCUAACAAACCCUGUCAAAAAGGAGACAAGCCUUGAAACAUCAUGAAAUAAGCAAUUCUUAGCUGCCAGGGACGUCUUCCUGUUAGCAUCGGUGUAUUUGUUUCUUUGCUUUGAUUUCUUGUAGUAAAUGUUUUCUGCCUGAGCACUUUAAAUCAAGGUGUGUUUUUAUUCCAGUCAAUGCUUUCAACCUGCUUUUUAUUGCUACCUGCAGUUUUUGAUGUUCUGAAUCCUCUCAUUAAAGGAAUAGUUCUCCAAAAAAUGAAAAUUAAGUCAUCAUUAACUAACUUUUCUUUCUUACGGCAGUGGAACACAAAAGGAGGUGUUUCAAAGAAUGUUCAUGUUGCUCUCUUCCAUACAAUGGAUGUGAAUGGUGACCAAGCUUAAAAAAAAAAAAAAAAAGGCUUGAUCUGACAGACUAAAAUUGUACAAAAAUCUUGCUUGAUUUGGAAAAGAGCAGUGUGAACAUUCCUCAAAAUUUCUCUUUUUGUCUUCUACAGAAGAAAGAAAGGAAUGUCAUACGGGUUUCGAAAAACAUGGGUCAACUAUUCCUUCGAGAACUACCAUCACUCUUUGUUUUCAUGUUUUAUUCUUGCUUUAAACCAGAAGUUAUGGUUUCAUGAGAAGAGCUGAUAGAAGGCACUGUUACUGUGUGUAUUUAACUGCACAUCUUACCAAACCGCUGAACUUAUUUGCACUACUGGAACUGCAUUCUGUACAUAUUGCUCUAUCAAUCUCAAUACAAACAGUACUUUUGUGAUGGCGCAUUCUUGAGACAAGUUUGCAUUUGUUUAAAAAGAGAGCUUGUAUCUUUUGAAAGCUGCUUUGGGGCUUACAGUACGAGUCAUUGUGUGAGGAUAUGAAUCUCAGAAUAUCUUUUUGCUUAAGACCGACACAGAACUAAAUCUUUGUGCGUUUUAUCCUCAUAUUUCUUGGAGAAACUCUUUUGGCAAUGAUGAUAUUUGUUCAGUUAUUAAGUAGUUGGGAAAUUAAGUGCUAGCCUGAAUUGGAUCAAGACUUUUUUGGAGCAUUAUUUAUUGAGUAGAGACUUUUAAACCAGGCCAAAAACUACAAAGAAGAGAGCCAAGAAUGGAUUUGAGGGAGACUUUGUUGUGAACAUGCUGUAACCCAAUGAAAACAACUCCUUCUCAUAAGGAAACGUCACUUUAGCAGCUUUUAUCCUGCACCACUAUCUCAUCACUGCAACAUUACUCUACUGAACUCUAGUGAAUCAUCAUUUGUCCAGUUACUUUUAGAGUUAAAAUGAAAAGUCUGUAAUCGUAACAUUUGAAACCUGUCUGAUUUUCUAUCAAAAGCACAAUAAAAGUAACUCUACUCAUGCUUUAUAUUCAAAGUCUUCGGAAAUCCUAUUGCUUUGUGUGAGGAACAGAAAUGUACAUAGAUCACCCAAAAGUGAAAAUUCAUCAUUUACUCACCCUCGUCUCAUUCCAAACCUGUAUGAUUUUGUGUAACACAGAAGAUAUUUGUUUUCAUCCACUCAGUUAAAGUCAGUGGGUUCUAAAACAAGAUUGGAUCCCAUUGACUCUCAUUGCAUGAAGGAAAAAAAAAUUCAAACAUUUUUUUUCAAAAUGUCAUCUUUUGUGUUCCACAGAAGGAAUGUCAUACAUGUAAACAAUAACGGAAUUUUCCGUUUUGGAUAAACAUUCCAUUUAAGUUUGAAAGUUUUAAAUAUUGGCAGUUGAAGCCAUUUAGUGUCAAUCAAACAUAAAAAUCUCUGAAGACUGUUGACAGAAUCUUUAUUUAAAAGUCGCUUCAGUGACGUUUCCUGUAUGAGAUUCCCCUGGAUAAAACAGAAGCUGCUCUUCUGACAGGCUGUGUUCAGUUGCAAUAACUCUGUUGUUCGUUAUUUCCAUCCACAUUCACAGUGGAGUUUGACAUUUUCAUGUAUUUUUGCAGGUCUAAUGAAUGUGUGGUUAUUUAUCACUUGUUUAUUUGACAUCAUGCUUUUUUUCCCUCUAGUAUCGUAUCGAAACCUCUUUUUUUUACUCUGUUACUGUUCUGUACACCAUUUGUUCUGGUGUAACCUUUUACACAGAUAUGUCCCUUAUUUCAGUACUUUCACAAAAAAAUUGCACCUCGCAACUACCACCCCCUCCCCAAACCCAUAGGCGUGUAGUUUGAUCUAUAUAUGCAUAGUUCCUACUUUAUGAUACUGCAUGUUACAGUACAAAAAGAUGUGCAUGUUUCAGAGAUGAAGCAAAAAAUAUAUUGUGUACCUAAGUAGGUGUUCUUUGUCAUUUUAAUAACAAAACGGAGGGGGAUGAAUACUGUGUAUAUUUUCUAAUCAAAUCAAAUAUGUAUUUAUUUUCUGUGAGUGGGUACUGGAGAGAAUAUGAAGUAUACUAGACUAAUCUUCAUUUUCGGAUUCAAUCCAUGCCUGGACAUCAUGAGCAGAUACUGUAUGUUAAGUGCUUUGUGUGAACUAAUAUAGAAUGAAAACGUAGCCGCAUGCUUGCCGUCUACUAAUAUUGUUAAGGGACAAAAUGAUUAUGUAUUUAUUUGAAAUGAGUUAUUUAUAUUUAUUUUUCAGAGUAAUAUUUGUAUGUGUCUUUGUCAGAAUAUGUUCGUGGGAAGUCAAAACUUCCAGCGGGGGCUCCAAGUGGAUAUUUCCCCCAUCUUGUAGGAUCCUGUAAUCAGCAGAGUAUCUCUGUUGGAACUACAAUGUAAAGUUUCGGAUCAUACGGAAUCAUUAUGAAAAAAAAAUUACACUUUAUUAUCAUUUUUCGUCUUUUCGCUGUCAGUGCCAAUGAGAGAAGUCACGUUUACUGCCAUUUUAGCUGACUUUACGUCAUUCUUACGUGAUUUUUUCGGACCAACUGAUUUCUACCUUGGCAACAAAGUUGCUGGAGCACAAUACUAUCAAUCGUGUUAUAGAAAACUUGGAGUCCCCAUUGUUUUCUAACAAGCUUUUAUUUAUGAAUCUUUUACAUAAGAACAGUGUUUAACUAGCCAAUAAACCGCAAGUUUGUGUGUGUGAGUGUGAAUAAGAUAAAGCCAUAAGACUUGAGCUAAAUCUUUGGAGCUCAGCUAUAUAUAUAUAUGAUCCUAAAACGUCUCCUCCUUUCAUAGGCCGAUUAAUCUCCUCGACAUUCCACAUAGUCUGUGAAGCUACAGGGCCGCACUGUUUCCUAAGAUGUGCUGAGUUAAGCAUUAUUGGCAGUUCAACUUGAAAUAGUCAGUCUUUCUGUUAAUAAUAAUGUAUUUUUGAUGAGUUUAUGAUGAUUUCAGUGUAUAUUGGGGUUUGGAAACGCCUUGAUUUACCACAAAGUGUGCUAGGGACGUCUGUGUGAACUUAUAUAUGUGCUCGUAGUUGUUGCCAUUCCACUAUGUAUGUACACAUGCAUUUUUGGGCAAAGGGCGAUUCUAAUCGUUUAACUAUGAGAAGUUGUUUGCUUUUACCAUUUUAAUAAUAAAUCGCAAUCCAAAAUUCAAUAUGGGAUACCUAAAAAGUAUAUAAUUUGGACAUUCGGACAAGAAAAUUGAACAUAACUGUGCAGAAAUUCAGCUUAUUCAAGUAAUUUCAAUCAGCAUUGCUUGAGGUUUGAGUGAGAAUGCGUGUGAUUUUAAUAAUAAUGCAUAGGCCCUUCAAUAAGGAAUAAUCAUUUGUUGGGAGUUACUCGAGCACUGCCAUUCUGCCUGUAUACGGCAGCGUGCACAAUAAACAUUUAUUUGAAACAUUCCUGAUCGUAAACCACGGAGUUGUUACUUGCAAGCAAGGUAUUUGGGGGCAGUUUAAAAACUGCUCAUGGAUUCCGUCUAUAAGUUGCUCUCCAUUUACGAAACCAGCUCAGUUGUUUUUGUAUCUUUCUGUGACUGUUUUAUGUGAUACAAAUGAAUGAGAAACUGCUCUAACGCCCAUAACAGAGAUGGUUUCAUUUAUUUUUAUUUUUUUUCGAAUGCUAGCUGAUGCCUUUAUGUCUGCUUUGGCGUAAUCACAUAGCUAAGUUCUGGGGAUAAAAGAAUCAAAAGCCUGCCAUUGUGUCUCUUUAAUUUGAUUCUUCUCUUGCACUUUUCAUUCUGCUUAUCUAGAGUUGUAAAAUGCUCUUUUUUUCUAUUUGUAUCUAUUUGUGAUCAGAUUUUUUUUCUUUAGUCGGUGGGAGAUUGUGAGGGUUUGUCCCUCAGGCUAUGUUUGUACCUGUUUCGGUGUUUUCGUGUGCGUGCGUGUUUUCAUGUCCGUAUUGUCGUGCCUAGUGUGGAUCAAUCGCAUGCUUUAGCCCUUGAUGGGACACUUUGAGAAAACCUUGCUCACAGACUCUUCCCACAACCCCCUAGUGGACAGUACAUGAGCAUCAGCAAUCCUUGUAAAGACGUCAAGGGAACCAAAUAGCUCUACAGACUUACCAUGUGUGUUACCAGCUCUGUACUGAAACAAAUGAGAAAAUAAAGGCCUUUUAAUUACACUAAA